AUGGGGACUAGAAAUUUGGAUGAAGACCACAUCCUGGCCGCUCUUUUAGAUAGUGAUGAGGAGCCACCCUAUGCUGACACCGACAGCGAAGUUGAAGACCACGAGAGCGAGGAUGACAUCCAGAGCGAUGAGGAAGAAGAUUUUGUGGACGAAGUGAGGGAAGAAGAAGCAGCAACUUCUUUCGAAAUUGACCCCAUGGGGGAAGAAAGCUCUGAUCAAGGAACUCCCUCAACAGCUUCUCGUCGAAUAAUAACUCCGUCACGAAGAACUAUCAGAGGUAAAAAUAAACAUUGCUGGUCAACCUCAAAAUCUUCAAGACGUGGUCGAGUCUCAGCACAGAACAUCGUCAGGUCUCAAAGGGGUCCAAAACGCAUGUGCCGUAAUAUUUAUGACCCUGUUUUAUGCUUCAACAUCUUCUUUACUGAUGAAAUAAUUUCCGAAAUUGUAAGAUGGACCAAUGCUGAAAUAUCCUUCAAAAGACGAGAAACUAUGACUAGUGCUACAUUCAAAGACACAAGUGAGGAUGAAAUCCGUGCUUUGAUUGGCAUCUUGGUAAUGACCGCAAUGAGAAAAGAUAACCAUAUGUCGACGGAUGAGUUGUUCGACCGAUCUUCUUCAACAUUAUAUGUCUCCGUGAUGAGUCGUGAUCGUUUUGAUUUUUUGAUCCGAUGCCUUAGAAUGGACGACAAAAAUGUGCGGCCGGUACUGCGAGUCAAUGACGUCUUUACUCCUGUUCGUAAAAUAUGGGAUAUGUUUAUCAACCAAUGUACAAUAAAUUAUAACCCAGGGGCUCAACUUACAAUAGACGAACAAUUACUCGGCUUUCGAGGGAGAUGCCCAUUUAGGAUUUACAUUCCUAACAAGCCAAGCAAGUAUGGACUUAAACUUGUCAUGAUGUGUGAUAUCGGUACAAAAUACAUGAUAAAUGCAAUGCCUUAUUUAGGAAAGGGAACUCAGACGAAUGGCUUACCCCUCGGAGAAUAUUAUGUGAAGGAAUUAACAAAACCCAUACAUGGUAGUAACCGUAAUGUUACAUGUGACAAUUGGUUCACAUCAAUCUCUUUGGCAAAGAGUUUACUCCAAGAGCCUUAUAAAUUGACUCUUGUAGGAACCAUACGUUCAAACAAACGGGAGAUACCCGAAGAAUUGAAAAAUAGCCGAUCUAGACCAGUGGGGACAUCGAUGUUUUGUUUUGACGGACCUCUCACACUCGUCUCCUAUAAACCGAAACCGGCUAAAAUGGUUUACUUACUAUCGUCAUGCAAUGAAGAUGCUUCGAUCAAUGAACCUACUGGAAAACCGGAAAUAAUUAUUUAUUAUAAUCAAACCAAAGGUGGAGUAGAUACCCUGGACCAAAUGUGUUCUACAAUGUUCUCCAGUAGAAAGACGAACAGGUGGCCUAUGGCAAUAUUUUAUGGAAUGUUAAACAUUGCCUGUAUAAAUGCGUAUGUAGUAUACACUCACAAUAUUGCUACCAAAGGUGAGAAGGCAUUGAAUCGCAAAAAGUUCAUGGAAAACCUGAGCACGGCCCUGACAUCGCCGUUCAUGAGAAAGCGGUUGGAUGCACCUACUUUGAAGAGAUAUUUGCGGGACACUAUUACAAAUAAUUUGUUACAAAUGAGUGCCCAAGAGCCAACAGAAGAGGAUACAAUAGAGCCAGUAGCCAAAAAACGUGGCUACUGUAAAUAUUGCCCCUCUAAAAUAAAGAGAAAAGCAAAUGCCAUGUGCAAAAAAUGUAAAGCUGUUAUUUGCCGACAGCAUAAUGUUGAUAUGUGCAUAAACUGUUUUGACUGA